GGAAUGUUGUAAAAUUAUUGUGAAGUUUGGUUGUGUCUAUAACAGUACUCGUAUAGUAUGUUAUUACAGUAAAGAAAGUUUUCAACUUGGCCUAUAUUAUAAAAGGCAUUGUGAUAGGGUGCCUUGACUUACUAGGAACUAGUAAACGGUGGAUGAAAAGGGUCUCAGCUAAGCUUCAGAAAUAAAAAUGAGUGCCUACAAUACAUUGGAGCAUAUUCUAAGGGAAGUACUUGAAGUGCUCAAGACUCUGCAGGAGGAUUGGGUGACAAGAUCUCAAUUCAUUAAGGAAUUGCGAGGGGUUGUUGAAUCUGUGGAAAGUUUGAGAGGUCGAUGGCAGAUGGUGCAAUUAAUCCGUGGGAGUGUUCCAAUUCUAAAAUGCAAGAGUAGCCACUAUGGCUUCUCUUGUGAUAUAUCAAUCGAUAACCUAGAGAGCCAAAUGAAGUCAAAACUCUUGUUGUGGAUCAGUGAGAUAGAUGGGCGCUUUCGUGACAUGGUUUUACUGUAUGUGUAGGUCAAGGAAUGGGCAAAAGCACAUGAGAUAAAUGAUGCGACUCCAAUAAGUGGGACUUUCAAUUCAUACUCUCUUUGUUUGCUUGUGAUCUUCCAUUUUCAG